UAGUAUGCCAAGCAUGAGCAAGAAAGAAGAAUUUUGUACCGGAAGUUAAUUUGAAGUUAAAAAAUUAGGACCCGGAUGUAAAUUUCACUGUCACUUUAUUCGAAUGCUUAUUUCGUUGGAUACGAAGUUGGAGCAAAGGGAGAAAUUGCCGUUGGGACAAAUACAUCAUGGCUCACAUCACCAUCAACCAGUAUCUGCAGCAGGCAUAUGAAGCCAUUGAAAACCAGAAGGGGACAGUCUGCGCUGAGCUCCUUUCCUUUAAACACCCCCACGUAGCCAACCCUCGGCUCCAGUUGGCCAAUCCAGAGGACAAAUGUCAACAGGUUCUGGAGCCACCAUACGACGAGAUGGUGGCUGCUCAUCUCAGAUGUACAUAUGCAGUUGCCAAUCACGACUUUGUAGAAGCCUACAAGUUCCAGACCAUUGUCGUCCAAUCCUUUUUGAGGGCGUUUCAGUCCCACAAAGAGGAGAACUGGGCGCUCCCUGUGAUGUUCACUGUCACUCUGGAUCUCAGGAUAUUUGCCAACAAUGCACAGCAGCAAUUGCAACAGAAGGGCAAAGGUCAACCGAGUGAAAUGCUGGAAAAAGCAGCCGAGCAACUGAUGAGCUGCUUUCGAAUUUGUGCCAGUGACAAUCGAGCCGGGAUCGACGACUCAAAGAAGUGGGGCAUGAUGUUUCUAAGCAACCAGCUCUUCAAGAUCUAUUUUAAGAUCAAUAAACUGCAUUUGUGCAAGCCGCUCAUCAGGGCUAUCGACAGCUCCAACUUAAAGAAUGACUACAGUCCCGCCCAGAAGGUCACAUACAAAUACUACGUGGGCCGCAAGGCCAUGUUUGACAGUGAUUUUAAACCAGCCGAGGAGUUUCUGUCCUAUUCCUUCCAACACUGCCAUCGCGCCAGUCGGAAGAACAAGAGAAUGAUUCUCAUCUACUUGCUGCCUGUCAAGAUGCUGCUGGGCCACAUGCCGACACUUCAGCUCCUGGAGAAGUAUGACCUUCUGCAGUUCUCCCAAGUCACCAAAGCUGUCAGUGACGGGAACCUGCUGUUGCUGAACGAGGCUCUGUCCAAACAUGAGACCUUCUUCAUCCGCUGUGGCAUCUUUCUUAUCCUGGAGAAGCUCAAGAUCAUCACUUAUCGGAACCUCUUCAAGAAAGUGUACCUGCUGCUGAAGACCCACCAGUUGCCUUUGGACACAUUCCUGGUGGCUCUGAAGAUGAUGAGGGUAGAUGAUGUUGAUGUGGAUGAGGUGCAGUGUAUCCUGGCUAACCUCAUCUACAUGGGUCACAUCAAAGGUUACAUCUCACAUCAGCACCAGAAGCUUGUGGUCAGCAAACAGAAUCCCUUCCCUCCGUUGUCUUCAGUCUCCUAGGCUGCAUUCAAUUUAAACUCAACUCAAAAGAUAUAUUUUUAUUUGUAACAUGCUGUUCAUCAUGAAAUGAAAGUGGCUGCUUUGUA